AUGCCCAUCUUCAACAUGCUCCACUCCUUUGCCUGCGUCUCCGGCGCCGUCGGUGUCGGAUUCGGCGCGAUCGGCGCUCACGCCCUCAAGGCCAAGCUCAAUGCCCACCAGUCGGCCGCAUGGUCGACGGCGACCCAGUACCAGCUCAUGCACUCGCUGGCGCUCCUCUACGCCCUCUCGCUCCCCAAGUCGAGCGCCGUCGUCGCCGCCAGCUAUGCCUUCGCCACCGGCAUCACCCUCUUCUCUGGAAGCAUCUACGGCCUCUGCCUCACCAAGACCGACAACCCCAUCCGCAAACUCCUCGGCCCAGUCACGCCCCUCGGAGGAAUCUCGUUCAUCGUCGGUUGGGUCCUCCUCGCUUACGCCAAGCGUCCGCCGUCGCUCCGCCGAUAG